GGGUUGAAGGGUCAUGUCAUGCACAGAGAUGCGGGAGGUGUUGAUACAACAAAAGUCGAGGAGGCAAGGAUUGAGCUGCGCAAGCUUAUGGACCAGUACGCCCUACAAGAUAUUUUCAAUAUGGAUGAGACUGGCCUGUAUGGGAAGAUGCCACCGAAUCGAACCCUUACAACUCAGCAGAUCCACGGGCGAAAGGACAACAAGGACCGUCUAUCAUAUGCAUUCACUGUCAAUGCUGAUGGCUCAGAAUACAUCGAUCCGCUUGUCAUUGGCAAAUCAUGUUGGCCUAGGAGCUUU